GGGUCACUGUGUGUGUCCAGUACAUAGUACUAGUGGCAGUACUAUUAAAUAUCAAUAUCUCCACCUCACAAACCUUCAUCUCUAUCUCUAUCUCUAUCUCCAUCUCUAUCUCUAUCUCUCUCCCCUCUCUGUUGCAUAACUAUGAUGCUCUCAAGGGUCUGGAGCCCUUCCAAAGUGGAUGAAGAAAGUGAUCAUGACAGCAAGAAAAUCAGAUACAACGGUUCAGUAUUUGUUGGCUUGCGGAUUCUUACACAGCUUCAGCAAGGAGAUUCCAAUUUCAUCAUCAAAUCCAGUUUAAAAUUGAGCAAACCCACUUUUCCAAUCAACAGGAUUCCUCCACCCAGCUGUACUCAUCAAUCUUGCUUUCUCAAGACAUGUCUUCUAUGCAAGAAGAAUCUAAGCCCUGAUAAAGAUGUGUACAUGUACAGGGGUGAUCAGGGCUAUUGCAGUGAAGAGUGCAGGAACAGGCAGAUUUAUGUGGAUGACAUGAAGGAAUUAGAAGCUUCCGCCAAGAAAACACUAUCAUCCUUUGGGCAUUGUCGAACAGGUUGUCGGUGUGAGACUCGAGUACUGUCAGACAAAUUCCAGCACCGGUGUAAGCCAUUGUCACAUCCAAAGGAUCGAGUCAUAUUCUCAUAGCUCAUGCCAAAGCCUUUCUGUAACUAAUUUCUCCCAGGUCGAGCAUAGGCAAUACUUCAAAGUUGAAGAAAAAACAAAGGUGUAAGAGUGUGGGUGUUAUGCAUUGAUACUUAGGAUUGUGGGUGUUAUGCAUUGAUACUUAGGAUUGUGG